AUGUCUCAGGAUAGUGGUUGUUGGGUUGAGGGAAACAACUUAGUUUUAAUUGACAUAUUACGCAGACUUCCUCCGAAAUCCUUGAUGAGAUUCAAGUCUGUAUCUAAACGUUGGAGAUGGAUGAUUACACAAGAUCGUUACUUCAUUGAUCUACACUUUACAUCAUCGAAUAGUACUAACACCAGCACCUUCGUUAUUUAUCCAACCCACCGUGCUGCUAUAUAUCCAACCCAUCGUGCUUCUGUAUCCAUACAAAUCAGUCGUAUUUUAUUCUCCGAACAGGACUUGGUGUUUGAUGAUCGUCCAAGUGAACUACCAGACACCACCAAAAUUACUCCAAGUUAUUAUUCCAGUGAAGACAUAACACUUUAUGUCCGGUCCUGCAUAUUAAUGCUCGAACCUGUGGGCGGUUUGAUCUGUUUUGUCAACUUAGAUGAACAUGGUUAUGUUAUCAUCUAUAAUCCCUGCACCAGACAAAAAACACCAUGGAUUAAACCAGCAAGUACUCGAGAACUCAGUAUUGAUCCUAAAGUACAAUUUCGUCGCAAAAAGAAAACUGGACUUUACAAGUAUAUGUUUGGAUUUGGAAUUGACCCAGCCACUAAGCAACACAAAGUGUUUUCCGCAUAUGAUAUUUCUGUAAGGUACUUUCCUUUCAUGAUUGUUAGCCAUGAAUUCGUUUGUGAGGUCUUAACAGUAGGUGAUAAUAUAUGGAGAAAGAUCGAUGGUAACCGAGUUCCAUCGAACAUUGCAGUUAGUAGCGAAACUGUUCAUGUGCAUGGUUCUAUAUAUUGGAUGUGCUGCCAGGCGGGGCAAGACAAGAAUGAUGUCAUAAUGGUAUUUGAUCUUGGAAGCGAGACGUUUAGAGAGAUUGUAAUCCCUAGUUUCAUCCUUGAUCUCUGGCACUCGAAUAUACAAGUACAGUUGGUUCGUAAGUUAGUAGAAGUGGAUGGACACAUAAGUGUUUCAGUCCGAGAAGGAGACGACUGCCUCAACAUGUGGAUUUAUAAUGAUAUCGGUGUCGUGAGUGGUACUUGGGAUAAAAAAACGAUCCAGAUGCCUUGUCUCUGGAGUGACAUAAAAUAUGUAGAUUUGAAAGCCAUUAGCGGCUUAGACAUGAUAGUCGUAAAAACCUUACGAGAAUCUUCGGCUUCCUUUCUUCCUGAGCAACAACGUGAAGAGAUCCAUUAUUACAACCGUAAAGAGAAGAAAUAUUGUAGAAAUCGGUUUGAGAUUUUAUUAAAUCCUAUUGCUUCCCCAGCUAAAAGCUAUUCUAUUACACCUUUCUUCGAGAAUUUAUUGCCGGUUAAGGCUGUCAACCAUCCGACUAUAUUACCUGUGUUGCAAGAAAAGUGA